AUGGUCAAGCGAAGCAAGCUCCUUCAGGCCCUGGAUGCCCACAAGGGCCGCGACUAUGAAGCCGAAAAGCAGAAGAAGAUGGUCAAGGCUGCGGAAAAGCGUAAAGGCCUGAAGCGCAGCCCUGCCACGACCAACAGCGACGAGCAUGACGAGGACAAAAAGGAGGACAAGGAUGUUGAGGAUUCUGACGCUGAGGACUCUGAUGCUGAGGAGGAGGCAGACAACGAUGAGGAGGAAGCAGAGGAAGCAGAGGAGGGCGACUCUGAGGACGAGGCGGAAGAGGAAGAAGACAUCCCUCUAUCAGACCUCGAGGAAGACGAACGUGAGGACGUCAUUACCCACCAGCGACUCACCAUCAAUAAUUCGGCUGCCAUUACUUCUUCCCUCAAACGCAUAAGCUUCAUCACCGCCCAGACGCCUUUCUCUGAACACAACUCUCUCGUCUCGAAUGAAGAUCUUGAUAUCCCUGAUGUGCACGACGAUCUCAACCGGGAGCUGGCUUUCUACAAGGUCUGCCAGGCGGCUGCUGUUACUGGGCGUGGCUACUUGAAGAAGGAGGGUGUUCCUUUCACCCGUCCUGGCGACUACUUUGCCGAGAUGGUCAAGAACGACGAGCACAUGGAAAAGAUCAAGAAGAAGCUAUACGACGAGGCUGCUGGCAAGAAGGCUGCCGCCGAGGCUCGCCGUCAGCGUGACUUGAAGAAGUUUGGCAAGCAAGUGCAGGUUGCCAAGUUGCAGCAAAGAGCUAAGGAGAAGCGUGAGACUAUGGAGAAGAUUAACACCUUGAAGAAGAAGCGCAAGGCUGAUUCAGCCGCUCCCACCGAUGAUGCCAACGACAUUUUCGAUGUAGCGAUUGAAGAUGCUGCCGCCCCCGAGAAGGGCCGCCGUGGACGCUCGGGCGAGGGUCCCGACAUAAAGCGCCAGAAGCGAGACCAGAAGUUUGGCUUCGGUGGUAAGAAGCGCUUUGCCAAGAGCGGUGACGCUGCUUCUAGCGGAGACUUGCGUGGUUUCUCCACCAAAAAGAUGAAGGCCGGUGGUUCCAAGCGUCCGGGCAAGAGCAAGCGGGCCAAGGGACGCAUGUAA